CUUUGUAUUUUAGUUCCCUCCUCGUUCCUCCGCAGCAUGGAGGCGCAAAUGGAUGGGCGCCGCUCGUUGCUUGGUUUCGGCCAAGCAGUAAUCGGCCCCCCGGGCUCAGGGAAAACGACAUAUGUACGGGCCAUGCACGCUCUGCUUACUAGUAUGGGGCGGCAGGCCUCCAUUAUCAAUCUGGACCCAGCUGGAGAGGAGGAACCCGGGGCAGCUGUCAGUCUGCGUGAGCUGCUGGGACUCGGGGAGGUGAUGUCAGAACUGCGUCUGGGGCCCAAUGGGGCCCUGCUCUACUGCAUGGAGUACCUACAGAGUAAUUUAGAUUGGCUGCGAGCCAAGCUGGAAAGCCUGCGGGGGACGUACUUCUUGUUUGAUUGCCCAGGGCAGGUGGAGCUGUACACACAUCACCCGGCUCUACCACAGAUACUACGCUGCCUUGGGGAAUGGGGGCUUCGGCUGUGUGCCGUACAUCUUGUGGACUCCCAUUAUUGCACAGACCCGGCUAAGUACAUCUCUGUGCUGUGUACUUCACUAGGCACCAUGCUCCAUAUCGAGCUACCACACAUCAACAUCCUGUCCAAGAUGGACCUUAUUGAGCAAUAUGGUCGAUUGGCAUUUAAUCUGGACUACUACACUGAGGUUAUGGACCUUUCCUACCUGGUCGAUCACCUGACCGCAGACCCUUUCUUCAAACGGCACCGGCGACUUCAUGAGAAGCUGGCUGAGGUCAUUGAGGAUUAUGGGCUAGUGACUUUCAUACCACUCAGCAUCAAGGAUGAGCAGAGCCUGCGGAAAGUCCUAGCUGCAGUGGAUAAAGCCAGUGGGUUUUGCUUUGGGGAGGAUCAAAGAUCUCUCGGGAACCUCAUGUCUGUUGCAGUGGGAGCUGACUUUCACUUCACAUCGACUCUGGCAUUCCAAGAAAAAUACGUGGAACAAGAAAAGCGCACAGUGGAGGAGCAGACUCUAGAUCUGUGAUGCUCUUGAUCUAAAGGAAUCUUGCAGCUUUAGAGACUAAACCAGAGAUUUGCACAGGAUGAAAAAGUGGCCGUGCCCCGAAGUUUAGACAACUUUCUUUAUUGUAACGUGGCCAAUAUGUUAUUUUUGUACUGAAUUUCAAUAAAUAUGGACACUUGAGGAAGGUUUAUCGUUAAACAAAAGAAAAGUUAUUCUUUGCAGUCCAAGCUUUUUUUUUUCCCAUUUGUCAUCAGGAAGACAGUGUUCAAACUGCAUCUUUUUUUAUGGCACAAAAUAUUGCAACAUGUUGUGCUGAAACAGAAUGUUUUUUGUGGCGCACAGGUAGAAAAAGAGAUGCUAAGAGAAGUGCAGAGCUUCAGAAUGGGAAGGGAUAUAUGGAAGCGAAUAAGCAUGCAUGGCCUUGCACAUAUUGUUAACUAAAAAGUAGGAGACCAUUUGCAUUUUUUUGGAUUUUCAACCAUAUCUGCAACAAGAAGAGAGGCAGACAAUUUACACAAUUACUUCCAAGCUCCAGACCUACAGGUACGAGGAGCGACAUCUUGUCCGAAGCGGGCCACGUUUCUGUCCUACCUCAGGUGGAGAUCGAGAAAGACUACGGCACACAGCAAAAAUCUUGUUAGGCCAGCGUACGUUUCAGCCACAGACAGUCUUCUUCAGGGCGAAAUUUAUAUUACAGGCAAAGAAGCAGUAGACAUACGUUCUAUUUAUGCAGACAUGAAUGAUCUGAGGCACAUGCUUGCUUGCCUGAGCACCAAAAUGCACCUGAAGUCCCAUCCCCUGGGGGUCAAAGGGUGAGAAAAACAUCACCUGGUAACUUACUGUUAUAUAAUAAUUGUAUUCCUAUUCACACAAUAUUAAAUACACAUGAAAAUACCAGAA